AUGGUCGAUAUGACAAGAAUGCAAAAAGCGAGUUUUAUCGUGUUGUCUGAUACACACGAUUACCAAUUUCGCGAUAAUGCAUCAAGCAAGUUACAGCUCCUCGUUCCAAAAGUCGAUGUUCUUCUCCACUGUGGAGAUUUAACACAUGUUGGAGGUAUUCCCGUCUUCAAGAAAGCACUUAAAAUGCUCAGAAACUUUGAUACAGAGCUUAAACUAGUCAUCGCAGGAAAUCAUAAUUUAGAGCUCGAUGAAGGAUGGUACAAAGCACACCCCGAGGAAGACGAGGACUACCUUGACGAUCAUGCACGAGCCAUGGAGGUGAUGAAGGGGCAAUUAGCGAAAGAAGCGGGGGUUACUUAUUUGGAGGAAGGAACACACACUUUCAAUCUUCAAAGUGGUGCGACAUUUAAAAUCUACGCUUCUCCAUACCAACCCGAAUUCGUUGAUUACGCAUUCCCUUGCGAACGUAACAAAGAUCGUUUCAAUGUAUCUGGGGAAACUGCAGAGGGUGCCAUUUCUAUCGCUGAGAAUCCUAUCCCGGCUGGUGUGCAUAUUGUCAUGACCCACGGACCACCAAAGGGCUUUCGCGUUGAGAACUUAGGCUGCGAGAAUACCCUUCGCGCAGUCCAACGUGUGAAGCCUUUGAUGCAUUGCUUUGGUCAUAUUCAUGAGGGGUAUGGUGCGAAUAAAAUCGUGUGGGAGGAUGAUGAGAAGAAAGCAGAGGAUGAUAUGGUCAACGAGUAUCCACAAGCUAUGAACUUGCAUAUUGAGUCUGGCAAAGAAACUCUUAUGAUUAAUGCGGCGAUUCUGGAUGAUGAACAUCAGCCUACCAAUGCUCCCUGGAUUAUCAACUUGGACUUGCCUUCUUCGUAG